UUAGGUUUGGAAAUAUACCAUGUCUGAGAAUGUUGGAGAGUCAUAUAAUGAUAGUGAUGGAGGGGCCAAACAAGCUGUGCAUUCUCACCGCUCUGUUUGGAUGUCUCACUGGAUGAGCAGCACAGGCUGCAAGUCAGCAACUAAGCGGGCUUGUAGUCGUUUAUCGAUUUCCUUAGAUUCCGAAGAAGACGCUCAUGAUUCGAAGCGGCAACGCUUGCUCGGUGUGUUGGAGAGAGCGGAGAAGAAUGAGUCUGAAUGUGAUAAAGGGUUCAGUGAAAUGCCUGAAACUAAGAGGGUGAAAAUCAUUGAUGAUAGUGUGAUUUCCGGGUCUGAGAAAUUAAGGAGUCCUUUUCCUAUGUUCAAUCUCCUCCAAAGAAAGGGAGAUAAUGUUUUGGCUCGGAAGGAUGAACAAGGGUCUAGUUCUCAUUGGGGAAAGCUAAAGUCUCGAACUGAGUGGGAUUCGGGAAGUGAGAGACAUUCGUCCCCUAUGCUUCAGCGGGCUCCUGUGGCAGAAACUGUAUCAAGAGAAAAACCUUUAAGGCCUGAAGGUCGUUUGGAGUAUCCGGAGGAGGAGGGGAUCAUUGAAAAUAACAGCUUAGACCUGACAAAGCCUAUUAAGGGUGAUUUUACGGUAUCAACUUCUAAAAUCGAGCCGUAUGGAUUUAACCUCAGAAAGACUCCAAUUCAAUCCGUGUCUAAACAGGAAGAAACUAAUCUAUCAAACUCGAUUCAAGAAUCUGGAGAACGAAUGACAAAUAGUAAUUCUAUGGUUUUGGUCAAUGAGGAAGCUAUCAAUGGCCUCUUUGGAAGAUCUAGAAACCCAUUUGUCAGGCCCAAUGACUUGGCUUUAUUUCCACAUGAUCCGUCAACAAGCAGAAGUCAGCAACCUGAAUCUGUUUCCCACAAGUUACAAGAUCACACUGGUGUUGGAUUGUUCCCGAGAAAGAACACCCCCAUAGAGCUGACAAAAUCAGAAAAAUUAUAUCCUGAAUGUUUUUCGGUACCAAGUCCGCCGUUUUCCGAGCAUGGCGUGGAGGCUAUGAGAACAUGCACCACUCUGGACUCCAUGGAAGAGUCGUCGAGAGGUUCUAAAAAGUUCUCUUCAAUUCAUCGUUUUCUGGCUUCGAAAACGUCUGCUUUUAAUUUGACUGAAGGAGGCCACAUGUUCAAAGAGUCAACGGUAUCAACCAAAAUGAAAGAAAAAGCUUCUUCUGAGCUCUUUCGUUAUGAUCAGCAAAAUUGUUUCCCAAUUAGGACCGGAGUGAAGCUGCAACUUCUAGGAAGCUCCACAGCUAGUGAAGAAGAGAAAGAUGCUGGAGAAUUGAAGACUUCGUCGGUUAAUUUAAAUAAUGAAUCGUCAGCUGAAACUAAUACCAUGGACUUAGACACAUUCCGGAGGAAAUUUAUUUCUGGUGUGGUUUCUUCUUCAUCAAAUAAGCAUGCUGAGUUGGAGCAACGGUCCCCUACAUCUCAAACCGCAUUGGUUGCAGCUAGAGAAAUUGGAGGAAGACUGCCGAAAACGAAGUUACCCGAUAUAAACCAAGAGCCUAAUAGUCUUGCAGCUUAUGCAAGUUCUGCAGACACAAGCUCGUCAAAAACCCAGAGUUUGGAUGCAGAGCUCCUUCUUUCCAAUGCUGAGCAGCCCACAAAUUUUAAGUCUAAUACAUGCCUUGUCAGUAGUCUAGAAUCAGAGUUAAGCAGCAGAUGGGUCAAGCGUCUCAAGUUGACUCCAACAUCUGCUCGUGGUACUCAGAGCUCAAAAAUGAUAGAGGACCAUUCUCAUGGAAAAGUCAACAAUUUCUUCAGUAAAAUUAUGAAAUGUGGCAUAACCAGUUCAGAGCCUAUUACAGGUCGAUCACAUGAUAAAGAACAGAUGACAUUUAGUCAGAGAACAACAUUAUGGAAUGACAAGUUCUCAUCUAUCAAGUCUGUGAGGCAAAACCGAGAUGUAACACUAUCACAUCCUUGGGUUCAGAGGUUGCGCCAUAAUGCAGUUUCAUCCCCCAUUGAGAGGUCUAAACCAGUAGAAAUUUCGAAGCCUCAAUGCUCAAAAGCAAUGGUGGACAAGUGCCUAAAGAAACAGUUUCCGAGCCUUGCCGCCAUGGCACUGAUGGGGAAGGCUAUGGGGGAAUUCCGUUCUUGCCAGUUCAGGAAAAAGGGGUCUUCUAUAGUUUGGAGUUCCUAAAGAGUUUGAGAGAAGCUCUGCAAUCAAUGGGAUGAUGACAGUUCUUACUGUUUGAGGUUUUCACGAUGAUAAAGAAUGCUUCGAUCAUCCAUUAGAGAUCAUUCUGCAGAAGUUAGAAGUUAAUAAAUCCCGAGUGUUGCAUAGGUAUGUAUCUUGCCUGUACUUAUUUUGUUGUUCUGCAGAGGGUUCUUUUUUUUUUUUUUGGGAGUUAAUAAAUCUGGAAGCUCUGUCAUGCUGCAGAUGUGCUGUGCUUGAAUCUGAAUAUAGAUAUAUACAUAUGUAUGCAUGUAUGUAUGUGCUGUACCUCUCUGUUUUCCCUGCAAAGAGACUUGUCUCUUUGAGACUGCUAGGCAAAAUGAAAAAUAGCGAAUUAUACUUUGCGUGAUCGGUGUGCGUAAGCAUAUAUUGGUUCUAAGGCUUGGUGCUGCUCAAACAAUUUUCUGCACCUCUUUUCCCCUUUUGGAAAUUCACAGUUGCAUGCAUUUACAACUACCACAUGUUGGACAAUAUAAUUAUCAUGUAUGGUUGGAGUUGACAGAAGAACUGAUCAUAUGAAUGAAGACCCGGGAUGGCCUCGAGGGAAAUGGUGUGGAGCUGUCAAUUUACCAUUGGCUGAAAUUUUAAAGGAAGUUCUAGAGAGAAUGGAGGAGAAUCUUUGAAAGAGAGACCAUUCUUCUUCCCGCAACAGUAAUGCAUUUGUCUUCACCAUAUAUGCUUUAUGCAUUGCUUCCUCGUGUUUUUAACAAGUAUGGCCGUAUCACUUUUUCAGCUGUUCAGUUCCAAAAUUUUGCAAACACUCCCUCUUCCGUUUGUUUAUAUAUCAAAUUCUAAUUUCAGGUUAUUAGUAUACUUUUUAAGGUUUCUGGUCUGUGAAAUUAAUUUAUAUUAUUAGACGUCGGGUUCACAAAGAUAAGGAUGAAAUUCUUACUUUUUCGGAUAGCUCUAUGGGUUCACGAAGAUGAGGGUUUUUCUAGUUUUUUACUUUUUGAUAUUGUUAGAAGUUGGGUUCCUUUUUUUGUAAUUCCCUUUGAUUUCUGUCUUCAGAGGAAAUCUCUUCCUCUUCAGCUUGUACAUUAUUCCUAUUUUCAGUAAUAGUUCAUUGUUUCAACAAAAAAAAAAAACAAAAAAAAGCAGAUUGUAUUUCUCA